GUUUAACACCUUCCCUUGGCUGCUGUUACCCAGGCCGAAUUAGGCCCGUGUCCAGUAAAACAAUCGGCAAGCCGAUGCGAAGUCUACCGGAGUCCCUUGCGUAUCCACAAUUUAUUGUCGCCGAACGGGGGGAUCUCCCUCCCGACUAGCAUUUUCAGCCCUUUUCAGGUCGAAUCAUGUCCCGGCACGGGUGCUUUAUAAAGGGAGUAGUGGGAAGAUUGCACGAGAAGGCUUUUCCCAGAGCCGGCCUCGUUGGCAAGACCCAGGUCCUGCUCAGCACCGCGUCGUUCAAAGAGGAUAAGAGAAGCCUUUAUCACAUCGAAGUACGCAAGAUCAAUACAAAAUCCACCCCGAUCAAGCAUCGAUUACCUCCAGGGACAUGGGAUACGCAUAUGCACGUCGUGGAUCCACAGCGCUUUCCCGUUUCCCCUAACGCAGUGUACAAACCCUCGAAGCAUACGAUUGAAGAAGCCAUCGCAUUUGAGUCUACUCUGGGCAUCGGGAAAAUCGUUCUAGUCCAGCCGUCUAUCUACGGAACCGAUAAUUCCUGUCUUUUGGAGGCACUCAGACACGUGGGACCCUCGCGCGGACGUGCGGUUGUAGUAAUUGACCCAGAGACAAUUGACUCCCAAACUCUCGCACACUGGCAUUCAAUAGGGGUGAGGGGCGUGCGGGUGAAUCUCAAAUCUGUGGGCAAGGUGCUUGAGGAACGUGAUUUGAAAGAGACGCUUUUGCAGCAUGCGCAGCUCAUCCGAUCGCUAAGAUGGGCGAUUCAACUCUAUAUCCCCUUGGAUAUGGUCCCUAUGCUCGAGAAGAUCGUCCCGCAAUUGGGAGUGAAGGUGUGCAUAGAUCACUUUGGAGGCCCCGAUCCAACAAGAGCAAACUCACUCGACCCAUAUACUCUGACGGGAUUUGCUUCUAUAAUCUCGCUCCUUCAGGGUGGAAAGACAUACGUCAAGAUCUCUGCCCCCUACCGCCACAGCACGGACGAACGCUACCGCGACCUGGAAGCAAUGGCACGGGAGUUUCUGCGUGUGGCUCCUCACCGAGUAAUCUAUGCGACGGACUGGCCGCAUACGCGAUUUGCUGGUAUGAACAUCGAGCCGUUCACCGAAUUAUGUCUGCGCCUGUGCGAGGAUGUGCCCGGGUUGGCAGAUCGAGUCUUCCGACGAAAUGCUGAGGAGAUGAUGGGGGAGGACGUAUGAUGCUAUCGUCUCGCUUUGGGCUGUUAACGAUUUAUGACCGAGCUAGCAUAAUACCACUUCAGCAGAAGAAAUAUAUGAA